GGGGUCAUUAGUGUUCUACCGAUCGCGUACUAUGGGUUACUCGACUCAUUGCAACUCACGUUACACAGUGUGCUUGCAUGUCGCAUCCACUUUAAUCUUCAUCAAAGCGACGACAACGCCCGUAUGGCCAGGGAAGGUAGUACAUUACCGGUGCUGAGUACUGUCCGUUUUGCAAGGGAGGAAGAGUCCGGGGCCCAAUCCAUGCUGGCCCCUGCACUCACUCAGGCUGUAAGACACGUAGCUCAGCGUAUCCAGGAUCAUGCGAACACAGAAGGCGUUCAGCUCGACAUGACCCCUACUAGGAUUGGCAUGUAGAGCUAAUGGUGUACAUUGGGAAUUCGCAGGAAGUUCAAUGUUGACCGUGAUACGAGAUAUAAGCUUAAUACGGUGAUGGUAGUGGAGUACUUAUUAUCCUUCUACAGCAACCGAAGUCACUUUCAUCGCGCUGGUUCUCUCUUUGUCAAAUCAAAUCACCGUAUCCUUAU